AGAGAGAGAGUUUAAAUAGGAAUGUGCUGUCCGUGUACUUUUGUCAAGGGGUCAACCACUAGUGGGAAUCAUUGUACAUUUCUCUAUAAAUAUAUUGCGGCAGUACAGAAAUAAAACAGGCAAUACUAGUAAUACGCGCAAUACAUUAACAAUACGUAGCAAUAGAUGGCAAUACAUAGCAAUAAAUGGCAAUACGUAGCAAUAGAUGGCAAUACGUAGCAAUAGAUGGCAAUACAUAGCAAUACAUUAACAAUACGUAGCAAUACGUUAGCAAUAACUUUGCAAUAAAUGACAAUAUUUGAGUAAAUUGUAUAAAUAUCAGAUUAAUGCAGUAUUUCUACAGUAGUGUACGGUAAUAAAAGAAGUGCAAGAAGUGAAACGCCAAAAAGAUAAACAAUAACCUAAAAAACGUCUGCAAACACGAACGCGCACAAACACGAGCGACGAGUUUCGUUUGGAAAUAAAAAUUACUAUCUAUAUUUUGUAACAAAAAUAUUUAAAAUGGAAGCUGAAAACUUUAUUGAUAAACUGUUAAAUAAUUAUCAUACAAAAUUACCAAGUUAUAUAAAAUUACUUUUAAAUUAUGCAGGCUAUGAUAAUAUUAUAUCGAUUUCGAAAAUAGAUGAUGCUUCUAUAGCGGAAUUAGAAAAGUUCGCAAAAGAAGAUUUAACUAAACUUUUAAAUGAAAAUGAAUUAGUGGAAUUAUUUGGCAAAAUAUAUCAUCGAAAUCCAUCACUUUUCAAGAUUCUUGAUGGUCACAAGAAACUACUGUUACAUUUAAAGGAAAUCUGUGUCAAGGAAGUUGAAAAUAUUUCAAAUAAAUUUUGUAUAAAAUGUAAUGAGAAAAAUAGUACUCGUGAAGGAAAAAAAGAAAAGAGCCAAAAGAAAAGAAACUUUCAUGACAUGCAAAGAGAAGCAGAGGAAGUAAUAAUUGAAAAUGACAAAGAAAAUAAAACAGAUAAUGCUAAAGAACACGUAGAAAAUUUGGCUAAAAAAUAUGUUAAAAGAUGUAUUGAUGAGUACUGUGAAGAACAUAUUGAAGACUUUAUUAAAAAAAUUGAUAAUUUAAAGGUCAUAAUGGAUAAUGAAAAUUAUUGUGCAAAAAUUAAAUGCUGCUUCUGCGAUUUUAUUUCCACAGGAUAUUCGGUAAAAAAUUCUGGAAUUGGAAGAAAAUGGAUAUUAUCUAAUUUUAAUAAGCACAUUUUAAUUCAUAUGAAAAAUAGAAAAAACAAAAAACAGAGGAAAGAAAACAAACCUAACAAUACUUUACUUUCAUUUAUAAAAGUACAAAAUAACAAUUCUUUUGCAAGUUCACUUCCAAGUUCACUUCCGAGUUCAACUCAGAGCGAAAAUAAAAUUCAAAAUAACAUAAAUAUUUUAUCUGAAAUUACUGAUACUAAUAGUUUGGCCAAUACUAAUGCCAAUACUAUUCAAAAUGCGGAAAUUUAUAUUUCGCCAAAUAUAAAUCCCAUAGAAUUAAAUGCAUUUUCUUUGACAAACAGCUCGAUAAAUUUACAACCUGAGUUACAACCAUUAUGUCCAAGUGUAACCGAUUGCAGUGAAACUUCUAAUUUAUUAGAAUUAUCGGAUUUUUACGAACGCAGAAUUAUUGAAGAGGCUAAUAAUUCUGCAACAUUAAAUAAUGAGCCUCAACUACAAAUGGAAAAGAAUGCAAAAGUAGAUGCCAUAAGUAGACAACAACGAAAACUAAAAAAAUUUGAAGCAUUUGAUGAAUCCCAGACUAAAAUUACAGAUUAUUUUCUUAAAAUUAUUACAAAAAUUAUUGAAGACCAUCCUGAUAUACAAAAUACUUUGUUAAGUAUCGCUAAUACAGAAAAUACAAGCAAUUUUGCAAAUAUAAGUUCAUUCUUAGAAUGUUUAAAAGAUACGGCAAUGAAGAAUAUCAAACGCAAGAAACAUGGAAACAAAUUUACUAGCCCUUUAAAACUUUUUAGUUUAUAUAUUUUCAUUGUUGGUGGUCGUAUGCUCUAUGAACUUUUACAUGCGAAUCUACAAAAUAUAUUACCAUCAAUUACAACAAUUAACAGAUUAAUAGAUAAGGAAAGUAAUAUAGUCAAUGGAAUAGUUCGAUUAAAAGAAUUAAAGUUGUUCUUAAUAAAACGAAAUUAUCCUUUAAAUGUAUUUAUUUCUGAAGAUCAAACCGCAAUAAUUAAGAACAUAGCAUAUGAUUCUAAAAGUAAUCAAAUGAUUGGCUUUGUGUCUUCAUGUAAAAAGAAUGGAUUUCCCAAAAAUAAUUUUUAUGUAAAUUCUGUAAAAGACAUUGAAAAUGCCUUUUCAAAAUAUGUUGUUGGCUGUAAUGCCUAUGUGUACAUGGCUCAACCGCUUAUUGAUAACGCACCAGCAUUUUGUUUAACAGUUUUUGCAAGUGAUAAUAGAUUUAAUCAUAAUGACGUCUUAGCUAGAUGGACGUUCUUAAAAAAUGAACUUGAAAAACUUGAUAUACAAAUAACUGGAUUUUCAAGUGAUGGUGAUACAAGGUGCUUAAAAGCCAUGAGAAUAUGAUCUAAAAUUCCUUUAUUGUCUAAAAAUCCAUAUUCUCCUUACUUUCAGGUAAGUAAUUCAUUCAUUUCUAUUUUUUUUUUUUUUCAAGCAAGUUGUUAAAUUAACAAUGUUGUCAAUUAGAAUCAAUCAAAUUUCUGUUUCAAAUUGCAAAGAUAGAACAAUAGAAUAAUUUGUCAUAUUAAUAAUAUUACUAUUUAAUUAUACUAAUAUAUAACUAAUUUAACAACUUUAAUUAAAAAAUAAUGUAACAACCUGUGCGAAUUAUUUUAAUUAUUUAUUUUAGAUAGAAUUUGAUAUAAAAAAACCAGUAUGUAUUCAAGAUACAGUUCAUAUUGGAACAAAAAUAAAAACAAGAUUUUUAAAACCGAAUGUAUUUUUACCGAUGGGCUCAAAAAUUGUCUCUCCAGAACAUGUGAAAAAAUUAAUAAAGCAAUUUCCUAAAGAUAAACAUUUAUUAUGUGACAGUGAUCUUGAACGUAUGUUUAAUUUAGUUUAAUUAAUAUAUGAAAUAUUGUAUUAUUUAUCUAAAAUUCUAAAAAUUAUUUUUCAGCAAAAGAUAAGAUGAAUUUUGAUGCAGUUGAAAAAUUAUGUGCGCCUCGAGUUACGGAAUUAAUAUCUGCUAUUCCAGAUAGUCAGAGUACUAAACAAUUUCUUAUUUUAAUUAAACAUAUAUUAAAUUCUUUUUUAAAUAAAAAAUUAAAAAUUGAAGAGCGCAUAUAUUCCAUGUGGCACGCAACAUUUUUUUUAAGAUUGUGGAGAAGGUGGUUACAAGAAAAUAACUACAGUAUUGAUAAAAAUUUUAUAACUUCUAAUGCUUACACGUCCAUAGAAUUAAAUGCACAUGGUUUAUUAAUAUUGAUUGAAAAAUUACGAGAAAAUAAUCAGUUUACACCUUGGUUAUGUAGCAGUCAACCAUGUGAAAAAAUUUUCAGACAAAUAAGAUCCAUGACAUCUACUUUCUCAACAAUAACUAAUUUUAAUUUAUUGAGCAUUUUGAGACGUUUAAAUCGAGUGCAACUUUUAAACGACAUAAGUACUGACUUAAGUAAGUUUAAUUCAUAAUAUUUUAAUUAAAUUUAUACAUAAUUAUAAAAGUUCAAUUUACUUUAAUAAUAUAUUCUUAUUUCAAGGAGAUACAUUUCUAUUUCCACGAGAAGAAAAUAAUAGAUUAGGAAUUUCUUCAGAUAGAACUUUAAAUUCUGAUGAAAUUCCAUCUACAGAAAAAAUUUUACAUAUUUUGGACACCGCUAAAAAUGAUGCACUAAAUAUUGCAAUAAAAUUAGAAAUGAAUAUGAAUGAAGAAAUAAUAAAGGAAAGUUUUGAAGAGAUCAACAUUCGACAUUUAAUUGACGAAGAGGAAAAUGAAGAAGAAGAGGAAAAUAAUGAUGAUAUUAUAGAACAACAAAAUGAAGAUAUUGUAUCUGCCAGUGAAGAUUUCGGAAAUUUCGAAGAUUUGGAAAAUUUGCCAAAUGAUAUUUUAAUAUUUAAAAAUCAAACAGAAUUAAAUUUAAGAGAUUAUACAACUAACUGUACAGAAAGUAAUAAAGGUUUAUUUUUAGAUGUGAACGUUAAUGGAAAAAAAUAUGUUGUGAGAAAAUCUUCACUCUGUUGGAUAUAUCAAAAUAAAAAUAGAUUGUCUAAUGACAGAUUAUAUCGAGUUCGUGGUAUGAACAUUGCAAAUACAAAUGAAAAGUCGAGUGAAAAAUUGAAGAUAGAAUGUGAAAAAUAUUACUGUGUUUAUUAUGAUACAGGAUGGUACAUAGGAAGGGUGUUACAUGUAGAACAAUAUACAUGUAAAAUGAAAUUUUUAUGUGCUAAUUUAGAUGAAUUUAGAUGGCCAAAGAAAGAUGAUGUUCAAGAAGUAGAUAAAAAAUUUAUAAUGUAUGGGCCGAUAACUUUAAAUGGCAUAAAUCCUUUUACAAUUAAUAAAGAAGUGCGUACAAAAAUCCAAAGAGAAUUUAAAAAAUUAAAAAAUACAUAAAUUAUUUGCAUUGUUAACAAUCAUUAUUAACAUUGUAUAAUGUUUAUAAACAAACAAACAAAAUAAACAAAAUUUAAAUAAACAAAAUAAAUAUAAUUUUAUACAUAUACAUACCAGACAAUACUAGCAAUAUAAGAAAAAAAAA